GUUGGCCAAUAAACACCAACGAAGAAGAAGCAGCAGCUACAUUAUACGCGUUUUCUCCACACUUCUCACCACAGACUUCAGUACUUUGCGUUUAUUAGACAAAUUCAACCUUUUACACAUCAUCUUACCAAACAGCAAACAUGUCCUCGCCUCUAGCAAAGCCUCAGAUGAUCGCCCACAUCCAGAAGAGUGUGAACUACACGGUGUUUGACAGUAAAUGGAUCCCCUGCAGCGCCAAGUUCGUCUGUCUGGGAAACUUCCCGAGAGGAACCGGAGUCCUGCAGAUCUACGAGAUGCAGCACGGAGAGGCUCAGCUGGUCAAGGAGGUAGAGAAACCUAAACCCAUAAAGUGUGGGACGUUUGGGGCCACUUCUCUGCAACAAAGACACAUGGCAACUGGGGAUUUUGAUGGAAAUCUCAAUAUAUGGAAUCUGGAGAUGCCUGAAGUGCCAGUGUACACUGUGAAGGCCCACAAAGAGAUAGUGAAUGGUAUUGAUGCCGUUGGCGGCCUGGGGAUUGGUGAUGGCGCACCUGAGAUAGUCACUGGAAGCAGAGACGGGACAGUAAAGGUGUGGGAUCCCAGACAGAAGGAUUCGCCUGUAGCCAACAUGGAGCCCAUGGAAGGAGAAACCAAGAGGGACUGCUGGACUGUUGCAUUUGGUCACGCCUUCAACGAUCAGGACCGCUGUGUGUGUGCUGGCUACGACAACGGGGACAUCAAACUCUUUGACCUGCGGAAUAUGUCUCUACGGUGGGAAACCAACAUUAAAAAUGGGGUAUGCUGCGUGGAGUUCGACAGGAAAGACAUCAACAUGAACAAGCUGGUCGCCACCUCACUGGAGGGAAAUUUCCACGUCUUUGACAUGCGGACCCAACACCCGACCAAGGGCUUCGCCUCGGUUUCCGAAAAGGCUCAUAAGUCGACCAUCUGGCAGGUGAAACAUCUGCCUCAAAACAGAGACAUCUUUAUGACUGCAGGGGGAGCGGGCAACUUACAUCUAUGGAAAUACGAGUAUCCCGCUCAGAGAAGCAAGAUGGACUCAGACGACAUGGACGUGGGCGUAGCUGGCUCCGUCAACCUCUUACAGAACGCCACUCUGUCCACUCAGCCCAUCGCCAGCCUGGACUGGAGCCCCGACAAGGAGGGCCUGUGUGUGUGUUCGGGCUUCGACCAGACUGUCCGCGUGCUCAUUGUCACCAAACUCAACUUGGUGUGAAGAAGUAGACCACAACAAAGACUGAUGGUCAAGAUCUGCGCAGCCUGAUACGAGAUGAGACACGACCGCAAAGAUGCACCAACGGUGUGUUGAUCACUGCCUUUUUUGUGAGGCUUCAUUGUCUUUUAUCAGACGACAACAAUUUCCUACUGCAGAUCUUGGCAGCUGUCCAUCUAGAUUUUGAUACUCAUCUUUUUAUUAUUCCCAGAAAACCAUUUGACUCAAAUGAACUUGGAGAUCCUUUGUUGCAGUUUUGUCUGUUAAAUACUAAAUAUCUAAGAAAUGUGCAGUGCUUGGCUGAACCCUGCAUGAAAUGUUUUCCUGUAGAGCAGAGAAAUAACCCUGUAACACAGUGAUUUCCCGUACUAUCAAAAAAGCCAAGUCAUAAGGUUUAAUUUCUUUAUCUGCUUCCGUUUUUGUCAGAUGCUCACUGAAACACCUGUCUUUUGUUGCACUAUUGGUGGAUGUUGUUGUACUCCAGUUUUUGUCUAUUGUUAAAGAGAUUGUAUGUAAGUUUUUACACGUCUUUUAAUUGCUUUUUAUCUCCAAUGUGUGAACAGGUUGUAACCUAA